AUGUGUAUCAGGCACGAGGCCGAUGGUCGCUUGGUUGACCAGACUGAUAUGGAUCCACAGGAGCGGUUACCACGUAUUGAACGGCUUUCUCUGGAGUGCUACCGAUUCGAUUCCGACAUGAGAGGGCUACAGUUCCACUUGAGUUCCUUUCUUUGCAAACGUCACGACUUCGAGGAGCUGGAAUUGGAAUCUCUGGGCGUUUCACGUGCAAUUAUUGGAGUGAUCGUUAAGCGCAAUGGGAGUACUAUUCGAAAGCUACAUAUCCACAAUCUCGAACAAGCGGUGUUACUCUGGCGCACUGACCAGCCAGUCCCGCAAUGCGAGUCCAGUAUUCCAUCUCACGUCAUCCUCAGCAUUUGGAGCUACUGCCCUCACCUCCGCUCACCAGAGCUCGAUCUGACUAAGACAGACAUCACAGGGCACUCCGACAUAAACACCCAACUCAGUGCUCUCGCCAUUGAUUCGAACAACCCAUACAUGGCUGUGGUUCGAGUCCGCGAUCUUGCUUGCGAGAUUUGGUCCUACUUCCCCGAGACCUUUCGCGUCGUGACUCGAAGCCUCGCACGGAAUGGGACACAGCUCGGGGGCAAUUGCUCCUGGUUGGCGACUCGGAAUUUUGAUGAUCUGGAUAUCGAUGGGUGGGAUGUUGAGAUCGUCGAUGAAGUCGCGGCGGCUGCAGAGAGGAAGCUGAGGGUCUGGGCCCGGGCCGUGGAGGUUCCGUUUGAACCAACCUACUGA